AUGGUUAAACAUAAAGAUCACAAAAAGAGUGACCUGAUACGAAUAUUAUCUUCAAAUAUUAGCAAAGAAAGAAACAAGGCAGUUAAGCUUUUGAAAAAGUUCGAACCUUUGCCCAGAAAACAUUUAGAUGACAAGUUUGAUGCAAAAAAUAUUGCUGUUCAUAAAUAUAGCGCCUUGAAAGCUUAUAUGUGUUGGAGAUGCGAUAAGGUGAAACAAACGAACGUCAAAGUUCACUGGGAUACAGUAGAAGGAAUGAAAAUUAUAUGCACCUCUUGCCAUAAUAAUUUACUUUCAAUGAAAGAAGUGGAGAAAGUAAGAAAGGAAAACAAUACAAAUAAUGAUAUUUUAAAAAAUUUAAAGAAAAUAUAA